AAAAGACGCAUUUCCUUGUUCAGUCCCCCACGCGCCUCUGCUUCGUUUUAUUUUAUUUUUUUAUUUUUAAUUCAGAAUAAUACUUAAUAAAAAAUAAAUAAAAUGUGAAUACUGUUCAAACAAUACAUUUUAGCUGUUGACAUUGUUUUAAUUUUUAAUUUAAUUUUUAUAUUAUUUUUUGUUUUGGAGCGCGGACCGGAAGUAGACAAACAGCUUGUGACGUAUUUCCGUCGGCAUAGCGUGUCCGGCUAAAAUCGUCAGCCAUUCCACAAGAAAAAAGACUUUUAAACGUUUAAAAACUGCAUUUCAAGUGUUCAAGUGCGCGUUCUUUAUCCAGAAGGAUUUAAUAUAUAUUUCUGUUGUUUUUUAUUGAAUGUUGGCCCGCCAUGUAGCCGCGUUUCCCGCUAAACGCAGCUGGACGCCGCCUGCUAGCUUUGUUAGCCGCUUCGGGCCCGGCCGUGACCUCCGCCUGCGGCUUUGUUUUUAAGGAUGUACCCCUCCUGGGGAAACUUUGGGGCGCCUCCGCCCCCGAGCUUCGCGGGGCCGGGACCCCGAAAGCCUCUGGGCGCCAACCAUGCCGGCCAGGCUGCGGGGUUCGGCGGCUUCGAGGCCCCCUCCGCCGGCUCGCUCUUCUCCAGUCUGCAGGAGCAGCAUCUCCAGCAGAUGCAGCAGCUGCAGAUGCUGCACCAGAAACAGCUGCAGUCCGUUUUGCACCACGGGAAUAACGCGUCCCAGUUCGGCUCCGGACCCCCCGGGGGGUAUCCCGGACAGUCGUGGCACUCGGAGGGGUCCGGGCACGGGGAGGGAAACGGCGGCUCCCAGUCUUUCUACAAGCAGGAAGAGACUCCGACACCGACGGGUCCUCCGGUCCCCACACAGGGGGCCCCGCAGCCCCCGGCCGACCCCCAACCUGCCCUUCCGCCCCCACAGACCCAAACAACGAACCCACCGGACAGCAACGGCGCCUUUAAAGCCCCGGAAACCGGCAUUCAGGACUCCUCUGAGGACAAGUCGUUGCCUCUGCAGGAGCAGCAGCAGCUCUGGUACAAACAGCAUCUCCAGAACCUGCAGAAACUGAGGCAGGAGAAAGCCCGGCAGGGCCAGAAAGACGGUGACGCUCCUCCUCCUCCGCCAGCACCACAUCCAGCUUCAGGUCACACGGCUCCUCCUCCGCCCCCCUCCGAUCCACCCAAAAGCGCACCCCCUCCGCCCCCGCCUUCAGAUGAACCUCCUACAGCUCCUCCUCCACUCCCGGUGGAAGUUCAGAGGGAAAAUGUAGGAAACUCUCCUACAUUGACAGACACACCGGAAGUCCCUAAAGACCCAGAGGAAGCAGCACGUCUGCAGCAGCUGCAGGCUGCGGCUGCGCAGUGGCAGCAGGUGCAGCAGCAGAGAGUAGGUCUGCAGUACCAGGCUCUGAUGCAGCAGCACGAGAAGCUUCAGCAGGUCCUCGAGCGCUACCAACAGCUGAUUCAGCAGCCUCCAAACCUACAGACCAUGUCUGCCGACAUGCAGCUAAGACACUAUGAAAUGCAGCAGCAGCAGUUCAACGCCCUGUUCCAGGACUGGAACAUGUCCUUCGCUUCGUGGUACGAGCAGUUCCAGACGUACCCCCACAAAAACCAACUCCAGGACUACGAGCGCCAAUGGAAGCAAUGGCAGGAGCAGAUGGCCGCCACCAGCGCUCACCUGCAGGAGAGAGUGGCCACUCUGACCGCCAUGGUGCCGUUCGCUUCCAUGCAGUACAACAGUGCGAUGAUGGGGCAGUUCGGCCAGUACCCAGGACAGGACAUGCAGAUGCAGCCACAUGCGGUCAAUCUCGGUAUCCAGCCGCCUACAGCUGCUGUCGUUCCCAAUCCUCCGGCCCAACAGCCUCCUGGCUUUGGGGCACGACCGGAAGCGCCUGCAGGACCUCCACCGCAAGGAGGACCUCCACCGCAAGGAGGACCUCCACCGCAAUUAGGACCUCCACCGCAAGGAGGUGUCUCUACUGGUGUUACGGCUUCAGGCCCGUCAGGGCAGCCGCAAGGCUUCACCGGCAUCGGAGGGCCGAGUCCCAGAAUGAACAGAUUUGACCAACCGCCACCGCCACUACCUCAAGGAUUCGACGGUUCCUCGAGGGUUGAUCCUCCCCCACAACGCUUCGACCGUCCUCCGCCCUUCGACCAACCGCGCCAUCGCUUUGACGGCCCUCCGAGAUUCGACCAACCCCGGCAGCGCUUCGACGGCCCCCCUCGAUUUGAUCAUCCUCGGCAACGCUUCGACGCCCCCCCUCGAUUCGACCAACCCCGGCAACGCUUUGAGGGACCCCCGAGAUUUGAGCCACCUCGACAGCGCUUCGACGGCCCGCCGAGGUUCGACCAACCGCGGCCGUCUUUGCAGCAACACCGGCCCCUCGGUCCUCCGCCCCGCUUUGAACCUCCACCUGUGACUCAACCGAAACAGGAAGCUGCUCCGCAGGAUCCAUCUGGAGCGUCUUCCAAAGGUUCUGCGAUGAAGAAUGUUCCACCAAAACCUGUUGAAGCAAAUAAAGGUUUUAAGGAAAACUACAAAUCAGCCAUGGAUGACGUUCUAGACGACAGUUUGCUUGGAAUCGAUAGAUUUUUUGUUCAAGACGACCCCAUUCCUCAAACAUUAAAAGAUGCUGCAGAUCCUAAGAAACCCGAUGACAGUAGUAUUUCUAGUAAUGAUGGAAAACCUAAACUCAAUGAUGGUAAAUCAUCAUCUGGUGGAGCGUCAGACGCUCCUGGACAAAAUUUGCUCAAACCAGUUGGACCUUCGAUUAGCAAGCCUCUACAGAUUCCAAAGCCUCCUGAAAUCAAGCCAGACCUAAAGGUUUCUGGUAACAUCCAGGCAGGAAUCGAGCCUCCGAAGCCCAUUCCCGGUCGAGGACGAGGUCAGCCACUUAUGCGGGGACGUGGGAAAAUAAUUGGUGGAGAAAUGAGGGAACCAAACCCUGUCCCCGCUGAGGAGGUCACAGAGGAAACGUUCUAUGACCAAAUGCAUCCCGACGAAGGGAUGGAGAUGCCGGAUGAGCAGGAAGACUACAGCUGGCAGGGGUCUUAUGAAGAGUUCGGGGGGGACGAGGCAGAGGGGGCUCCUGAAGACGCGUGGACACCAGAUGAAGAGUACUUCCAAGAAGAGGAGUAUUAUGAGACCCCGGUGGGACCCCCCACGGGAAGGGGGCGCCCACCGUUACUGAGAGGAAGGCCCCCUUUGCUCAGAGGGGGUCCACAUUUAGGUCGAGAAGGCCUCCCUAUGGGGCGAGGAGUUCCUCCGAGGGGCAGACCCCCUCUGAUAAGAGGAGGCCCAGCAAUGGGCAGAGGGGGGCCCUAUAUGCAAAGAGGGGGGCCCCCAAUGGGCAGAGGGGGGCCACACAUGAUAAGAGGAGGUCCACCGAUGGGCAGAGGGGGGCCGCAUAUGCUGAGAGGAGGACCGCCACCGGGCAGAGGGGGACCGCCCAUGGCGAGAGGGGGCCCCCCCAUGGGUAGGGGAGGCCCUCCCGUGGGCAGGGGAGGCCCGCCCAUCGGCAGAGGAGAGCCAUUUGACAGACACUGGGAAGACCUGGAGUCAGCAGAGUACGCGGAGGAGGAGGAGGAGCCUUACUGGGAGGAGUGGAGACCUCCUAUGAGAGGAAUGAGGCCCCCGUUCCCUCCGGGUCGGGGUCGACCCCCACGGGGUCACCCUGGUUUCAUGCCUCCAAUGCGAGGGCGUCCGCCUCCUCACAGACCAAUGGAACCGGAAAUGGAGGCUGAUGCCGCGGCCUCAGAGCCACCAAUCCACCCCAUGUAUCAUGGGCGCGACCCCUACGGGGCCCCUAUGACCCCGGAGGCGGGCCGGGGCAGGCGGCCCCCACCCCCACAUGAAAUAAGUGAUGAGGGUUUGUAUGGAGAAGGAGAACAGGAGAUAGAUUGGCCUCCACCCCAUGCUAGAGGCCCCCCAAUGCCCCCACAUGAACUCAUUGAGAGGGGAGGGAUGAGGAGGAGACCGAUGGGUCGAGGAAUUGGCGGGGGCCCGUGGCGGCCUGGCGCGGCGAGCGAGGAAUUCGAGGAGGAUUACAAAAAGGGUUUUGCUGUAGAUUAUGCACAUGGUGAGGAGGGCUACCGGCGCCGCCUGGCUCAAGACUAUCCUCCAGACGACAAGUUCUACGAUUCCCAGUGGGAGUCCGAACGCCGCCUUCUGGAAAGAGAAUACCCCCCUCACAUGCCCCCCCCAGAACACCUGAGGGAGCGAUACUGGCGCCACGAAGCAGAGAGAGCUCACCCCGACGAGCCAGGACGAGGCGAGCUGCGAAUCCGAGAGUACAGAGACGAGCUGGCGUACCGGCAGGACGAACCGCCACGCGCCAUCUCGCCAGAGUGGGACCGCCCCACCAGGCUGCCCCUCCCACCGGAGAGAGAUUAUCCCUCCGACUUUUCAGAGCGGAGACUGCGCUACGACGAGCCGAGAGAGCCCUCGCCGGCAUCUGCUGCCCACGUUACUGACAUGCCGGAGAGUGCGGCCGACGCUCAAGGAGGCGGAGCCAACGUCCUCGCCUUGUCCCAACGGCAGCACGAGAUCAUCCUUAAAGCAGCCCAGGAGCUCAAGCAAAUCAGGGAGCUGCAGGAGGCAGUCCCACUCAGCUCCGACCCUCAGCCUGCAGCCAGCAAAACCCUGCCGGAUCUGCCGGCUGGCCUUCUCGGUCUGGAGAUCCCAGCUGAUGUCAGGAACGUCCUGAAGGGAAUCACGGCAGUGGUACCGUCUGCAUCCGAGUCCUGGGAAAGCAAAGCGGCUGCUCUGGAUUACCAACCGUCUCUGUCUGCUGCGUCUGUGAUUCCUAAGACUGUCGAUUACGGUCAUGGACACGAGCCGGGAGCCACCGUGGAGCGGAUCUCCUACGGAGAGAGGAUCAUUCUGAGGCCGGAUCCACCGUCGGACAGAGGAUAUGAGAAAGAACUACUGGGACUCAGAGACCCGUACAGAGAUCCGUACUACGACCGGCGGGCCGACCCGUAUCUGGAGCGGCGGGAGUACAGCAGGGAGAGAGAGAUGUUCCGAGAAAAACCUCCGGAAUACGAAAGAGAGAGAUUUGAGAGGGAAGGUUAUCCUUCACGAGAGAGAGACGACAGGUCUCCUCUGCGCUCGGCGUACAGAGAUCGGAGCGGCAGCCGUGACCCCGAGGACCACUAUGGAAGGCCAGCCUACGACAGGCCGCCGUUCGACCGCGCCGGACUGGAGCGUCUGGGCGCCGAGCGCUACAGCUCUCCUUACGUGGAAAGAAGAGCUUAUCCAGAAGAACGAGGGCCUCCUGCCGCAGCCCCCCUACCGCCGCCACCACCGCCGCCCAGAGUGGAGAAGAAGCCUGAGAUCAAGAACAUCGACGACAUCCUCAAAGCGCCCGGCAGACUGUCGCGUCCUGACAGGAUUGUCAUCAUCAUGAGGGGCCUGCCCGGAAGUGGAAAAAGUCACGUGGCCAAGCUCAUUCGGGACAAAGAAGUCGAGUGUGGCGGUGCCCCCCCGAGAGUUCUCGUUUUAGAUGACUACUUCAUGACAGAAGUGGAGAAAAUCGAGAAGGACCCGGACUCUGGGAAGAAGGUCAAAACCAAGGUGAUGGAGUACGAGUACGAGCCAGAGAUGGAGGACACCUACAGGAGCAGCAUGCUGAAGACGUUUAAGAAAACUCUGGACGACGGUUUCUUCCCCUUCAUCAUCUUAGACACCAUCAACGACAGAGUCAAACACUUUGACCAGUUCUGGAGCGCAGCCAAGACCAAAGGCUUCGAGGUUUAUGUGGCUGAAAUCACCGCCGACACGCAGACUUGUGCUAAAAGAAACGUGCACGGACGCACGCACAAGGACAUAACAAAGAUAUCCAGCAACUGGGAGCCGUCGCCGCGCCACAUGGUGCGCCUAGACGUCCGCUCUCUGCUGCAGGACGCCGCCAUCGAAGAGGUGGAAAUGGAAGACUUCAAUCCUGACGAAGAGUCCAUGGAGCCCAAGAGGGAGGAGGAAGAGGAGAGUGAUCUGGGCUACAUUCCAAAAAGCAAAUGGGAGAUGGACACGUCUGAAGCCAAACUUGAUAAGCUGGACGGUCUGGUUAGCGGCGGGAAGAGGAAGCGUGAAGGUGACCACAUGUCCGGCCUGGUGGACUUCCUUCAGCUCCCAGACGAUUACGCCACGCGGAUGUCGGAACCUGGAAAGAAGCGGGUUCGCUGGGCCGAUCUGGAGGAGCAGAAGGACGCGGAUCGAAAGCGCGCCAUCGGUUUUGUGGUGGGUCAAACAGACUGGGAAAAGAUAACGGACGAGAGCGGACAGCUCGCACAACGAGCGCUCAACCGCACCAAGUAUUUCUGAGAAGAUCCUUUCAGUUUUUGAGUUUUAGAAAGAUCUCCUGAACCGGCUGCAGCCGGACGGAGGCUGACGCUCACGUUCCUGCGCCGCGAUGGAGGACGCGUCUCCUUUUCCUGAACCUUUGAGUUUUCUUGUGAUGAUCGUCGUCUCUGCUGCUCAUAAACUCGUGUGUUUUUAUACGCCUUCAGCUUCAUGUACUGCAGCUCUGUACCACGUCUGCUCCGACACAUUAAAGGUUUCACCACAACGUUCUGGUUUCAUGUUGGCCUGAAGGCGGAAUAAACACUUCCUGUUUCUGAUUUUAGGAGGAA